AACAACCUUGAACUAUCUUCCAUUCGAACUAACCCCCACAAUACACAAUACUAUAUUAGAAAUUAAGACACAAAAACAUAAACUUUUCCCCGAGAGAAAAGAGAAGAAGAAGAAGAAGAAGAAGAAAGACUACAAAAGUAAUUCUCUCUUCUUUGAUCUCUUGGUACAUCUUACAUUGAAAUUCACAAAAAAAUAAACAAAAAAAUCCUUCUACUCAUCCUUGUUAAUCAUAUCUUUUAUCACUAUUGAUUCUCCCUUUUGAAAUUUGAUUAAUUGUGGGCAUAGCAUGGAAAAUGUCAGAGCAUUUUCAUCUCCUCAGUUAAAUUCUUCUUCAACAAGUAACAAUGGACCACCAGGAGAAUGUGGUAUGGAAGGCCUUGCCACAAAUGUUAGGUUAUUGUUGAAGCUAAUCCAAGACCAUAACGGGGCAACUACAAAAGACAACGAUGAGAGAAGGUUUAAUAGGGUGAAUGGUAUGAUGUCUCUCUUAGAUGAGGUUAGGACAAGGGUUCAAAAAGUUCAAUCUUCCACCAAGAGAAGAGCUGAACUCAGGAGAUGUAACACCGAUCUUCGGCCUAACAUUCCAAAGGACAGAAGAGCUCCUGAUAUGCCUCUAGAUGAGAAAGAGAGACUAAAGAAAGACCUACAUUCAAGCCUGGUGGCACGGCAGAGUCUUCAGGCAAUGUGCUCAAGUUUGGGAAAAGAAAAGCAAAUCAUGGCUUCUGAACUUGCAAGAAAGGCUCAAGAAUUGACAGAACUCGAGGAGCUUAUAGGUGACUUAAAAGCUCAGAAUGACAUGUUGAUGGGAAGGCUGCAUGCUUGUAGCUCAGAACAGAAGGAAAAGAAGAGCAGCAAUGAAGUGGAAAUGGAAGGGAACAUAGUCUUUCAAGAGCGUAACAAGGCUCUUUCUGAACAACUCCAAAAGUCCAUUGAUGGCUACAAGUCUUUGAAGAGAAAACUAAAAGACACGCAAGAGGAAAAAAGGGAAUUGCAUGAUACAAUGGAGCAAAUGGCGUGGGAAGUUCAAUCAGGCAUUGACAGGAUUCAUAGCUUCAAGGAACAAAUGGAAACAACUAAUCUAGAGACUGAUGUCGGAAAGGAAAUAUCAGUUUUAGAGCAUAUGCUUGAAUCUCUUAGCAUGAAAAUAUCAAAACAUACACAGACGGAAUUUUAAUAUGAUAAGCAUAAAUCUCAAUCUGGGAUUGGCAGAGGCAAAGGUGAGAAGCAUGGUUUACAGGGGAAGAGAAUGGAACUACCAGGGCAUCAUCCAUGUACAGCAUGCCGUUAUUCACUUCUAGCCUACCUUGUCUAUUUCUAAUGUCUAUAGAGCAUGCUCUCAGACUAUGAGCAGAAAGAGAGCCAUUAACAAAACACUUGACUGUAAAAUAGAUGUACUUGUAAUGAUUGGUGAAAAAUGGUCAUAAAGGAGAAUAGUGAUGUUGCAGUUUUAUGAAUUUAGGACUUUCAUAAACCAGAUUCUUA